AUGCAUUCCACUGGGGACCUGGCAGCGCUCAGGGCUGCAGAGCAAGGAGUUUCUCCGAAAGCAGUGGUUCGGGUUUCUGAAAUACUCACUGACAGCUACCUGGCCAUGAUCGAGGGUCAAUGUCUCGAUCUCGAGUUUGAGGGCCGGACCGACAUCACGACCGAUGAGUACCUGCACAUGAUCGCCUGCAAGACAGGCGCUCUCAUCCGGUGCGGGCUAGAGACAGGUGCCCUGCUGGCGGACGGCGACGAAGAGGCCGUGGAGGCCUUCGCCAAGUUCGGAGAGGGAUUGGGCCGAGCAUUCCAAGUACGGGAUGAUUACCUGGGGAUAUGGGGCGACGAGGCCACGCUGGGUAAGGCCACGGGAAACGAUAUCAGGCGGCGGAAGAAAUCCUACCCCGUGGUCUUUGCCCUGGAGAGGGCGGCCGGAGCGGCCCUGGACGAUCUCCACAGGAUCUACGGUCAGACGGAAUUGCAGGAGGACGACGUCGAGCGAGUCCUCGCGAUCCUGGACGAGGUAGGAGCGCGGGAGCAGUCACAGUUCGUCACCGAGGAGGCCGCCAAUCGAGCCCUGCGCGCACUGACUCCAAUACCGCUGCCCGAAUGGGCCAAAACGGAAGCAGAGGAACUGGUUGAUUUCCUUGCCCGCAGAGAAUAUUAG